AUGGCUAUGUUUCGCCGCAGGCCCCACGCUACAGGCGCCUUACUGGCUGCUGUCCUUCUGAUAUCCAGUGUGGACUUUCACGGCACUUCCAACACCACCGACUGUCCAUGUGAGAUCUUACCAUUUGGGGACGCAACCUGCGAAAAUGCCUUUCAGGCACCUCCAUGCCUCCUUUCCAAGAACGUCGACUUCCUGCUACUGGAACUUCCAACUGUUACAGAACUGACCUCUUCCGUGUUGGCCAGUGUACCAAGCCUCCUCAGGCUCCACCUUAUCGCCCCUUCUCUGACCACCAUCAGGUCGUCCGCCUUUGCCAACAACCCGCUACUGAGUGACCUCAUCUUGGAGGUACCGAAUGUGACCACUUUGGAGCCUGGAACCUUCCGAUCACUGCCCAAACUCAAGCGUCUACACACGGAGAGUACCAUCCAGAGCCUGGAAGAGGACGAGUUUGAGCUGUGCCCGGAAUUGAGUAGUGUGGAGAUCACCGCCAGUCUCCAAGAGCUGCGGCCUGGAACGUUCAGACACAACAAUGAGCUCAGCAACCUGCGACUCGCCAACAACAACUUGACCCACUUGCCGGAUGGUCUGCUCUCCCACAAUCCAAAAGUGGGUUACAUAGACCUCGCCAACAACGGCAUAAGGACCAUCUCGGCUGGGGCGUUCAGGAACGCUUCGAAUCUCCACAACUUAAUUCUUUCUCGGAACAACCUGACAACUCUAGAGGAGGGAACACUGGAUGAUGCGGUGCCACUCAUAUAUUUUCAUGCUUCGCAGAAUCAACUCACAUCCCUGCCCGCAACAAUCUUUGCCAGAACUGUGUCACUGAUUGAAAUCAAUCUCAGCUUUAACAACCUGACAUCUCUUCCAAAGGACAUAUUUGCCGCUACUACUGAUCUGGGGAUCCUGAGCCUGAGUCACAACAAGCUGGAGUCCUCGGAACCAGGACUGUUCCAGAACACCCCACGCCUUAUCAUGCUGCAUCUGAUUGGGAACACCAUCAAGACCCUCUCGGCAGACGCGUUCACAGGUUUGCAGCGGUUGCGCUACCUGUACAUGUCCGACAACCAGCUGACCUCGCUGAGUGCUGAUGUCUUCAAGCCAACCCCUGCCCUGGACACCCUGGUUCUGAAAGGGAACCUCCUCCAACAGCUGCCAGACGAGGUGCUGGCCAACUGCCCCCAGUUGGACAGUCUGUAUUUGGACCGCAAUCAGCUCAAGAGCCUUCCAGGGCGACUCUUCACCAACAAUACCGAGCUCAGCGUCAUUUCACUCGAAGGCAACUGUCUUAGCAGACUGCCAACCGAACUGUUUGCCGGGGCGCCAUCACUGAAACUUCUGCGCUUGGGACGUAACCCAUGGGACUGCACCAGCUGCAGUGUUGCUGCGAUGGCUGCCUGGCUGACAUCACAGCACAUCAACAUCGGCGAUGUCGUGCCGCAGUGCUCGGGACCUGGACCACAGGCUGGGAAAGACAUUCGUGAGGCGACGGCUGCUCUCUGUCCAAAGGACAGCGGCCAGUAG